GUCCGAAUAGAGAUCAUGGAAAAAGAUACCAUUUCUUACACUGAACUGGACUUUGAGCUGAUCAAGAUAGAAGUGAAGGAGAUGGAGAAACUGAUCAAACAGCUGAAGGUCGGUUUUGUUGGAAGCUCAGUGAUCGUUGACCAGCUGGAAUUGGAGAUAAGGAAUAUGACUGUCCUGGUGGAGAAGCUUGAGACGCUAGACAAAAACAAUGUCCUUGCCAUUCGCCGACAAAUCCUGGCUCUGAAGGAGAAACUCAAGGAAUGUGAGGACUCUAAAGUCGAAAACCUUCCUGCCGUACCCCCUCCCCCUGCACCAGGGAGCUGUGCUCACGGCGGUGUGGUGAACAUCAGCAGACCGGUUAUGAUUCGGCUCAACUGGAGAGGGUUUUCCUAUAAGUAUGGCGCCUGGGGUCGGGAUUACUCUCCUCAGCAUCCAGGCAAAGGGCUGUACUGGGUGGCACCUUUGAAUACUGAUGGGAGAUAUUUGGAAUAUUACAGACUCUACAAUACACUGGAUGAUUUGCUGUUGUACACAAAUGCCCAACAGAACAGGAUAACCUAUGGCCAAGGUGGUGGUACAGUAGUUUAUAAGAAUAACAUGUAUGUCAACUGGUACAGCUCCCGGGACAUUGCCAAAGUUAACCUGACCACCAACACAGUUGCUUUGACUCGAACUCUCCCUGAUGCUGCCUAUAAUAACCGCUUUUCUUAUGCUAAUGUUGGUUGGCAAGAUAUCGACUUGGCUGUGGAUGAGAAUGGAUUGUGGGUGACUUAUGCAACUGAAGCCAGCACUGGUAACAUGGUGAUUAGCAAACUCAACGACACCACACUUGAGGUGCUAAACACUUGGCAUACCAAGCAGUAUAAACCAUCUGUUACUAACACAUUCAUGGUGUGUGGGGUUCUGUAUGCCACCCGUACUCUGAACACCAGAACAGAAGAGAUUUUCUACUACUAUGACACAAACACAGGGAAAGAGGGUAAACUUAACAUUGUAAUGCAGAAGAUGCAGGAAAACCUACAGAGUAUUAACUAUCAUCCUUUCGAGCAGAAACUUUUUGUCUAUAAUGAUGGUUACCUUCUGAAUUAUGAUCUUGUCUUCCAACAGAUACCCCAGUAA